GUGGGGCGAAGUGACCCAAUAGCGAAGAAUGGCAUCUAGAAAACCGGCAAGAAAUCCAAAAUUCGGAUUUCAGCAAACUCGUGAUGAUAACUCUAAAACAGUUCACCCAAGUAUUUUUAAACAAGCAAGAAAGAGUGGACAAUUAAAUUUAUCUGGAAGAUCACUAACAAAAGUUCCAGAUGAAGUAUGGAGAAUUAACAUCGAUGUACCAGAGGAAUCUAAGACUGUAUCCCUUGACAACACUGAUGACAGAUGGUGGGAACAGACCGAUUUGACGAAAUUGAUUCUGGCCUCUAAUUGGUUGACAGAGCUAUCAGAGGACAUUAAAGAAUUAUCGGCCUUAAGUGUCCUGGAUAUUCAUGAUAACAGAUUAGAAAGUCUACCACAAGCGAUACGUUCAUUAAGUAAUUUGGUAAAACUUGAUGUCAGUCGAAAUCGUCUUAAAGAAUUUCCAGCCUGUGUAAGCCAAUGUCACAGCCUGGUCAGUUUUCACAUUGAACACAAUGAACUCAUUCAUAUUGGUCCUGAAAUCGGUGACCUGAGGAAACUUGAGGAGUUGGAUAUAUCUAAUAACCAGUUAACAAAUUUGCCACCAGAAAUAGGGUACCUUACUAAAGUUAGCAGACUUAAUGUUUCCAAUAACAAGUUUCAAAGUUUACCACCAGAACUAGGAUGCAUGGAUGGCUUAAGAUUUUUUGAUGCUACACAUAAUCAGAUAUCUGUGUUGCCUUCAGACUUUGGUAAUCUGAUGCAUCUUGAACAACUGUAUUUACGACAUAAUAAACUGCAGUAUUUCCCACUACUGUCAAAAUGUCAAAAUUUGAAGGAGUUACAUCUUGGUAAUAACCAGCUGAAAGAAUUAACAGCAGAACAUUUAAAUCACUUGGAAACCCUCAGUGUACUGGAUAUAAGGGACAAUAAAGUAUCUGUUAUACCAGAUGAAAUUGUUGUGCUGACUGGACUUCAAAGACUUGACCUGACAAACAACGAUCUGACAGGAUUGCCUUAUGCUAUGGGAACAAUGACUGCACUAAAGGCUGUUGUUUUGGAUGGAAAUCCUAUGAAAUCAAUCAGAAGGGACAUAAUAAUGAGAGGAACAACAGAAAUAAAGAAAUAUUUGAUGAGUAGAAUGGAAAACACAGACAUACCUGUCAGUAAUAAAGGUGUCCACAGUGGCCAGGGAGAAUCGGGAAUCAUUGGUGGUACUGGCCAAGGAGUCAAUGCACAUGAUAUUUGUCAGUCAAAGGCUUUAGAUUACAGUAACAAGAAGACAUCAGAUGUAUCAGAUGAUGUAUGGACCGUAGCUCAGAAAGGGGAGAUAACUUCUGUCAACCUCAGUAAAAAUACAUUCACAGAUAUUCCUCCAGGGAUGAUAUGUUUGUCUGAAUGGCUGAAAGAAUUAAAUAUGGGAAUGAAUAGAAUAACAGUAUUAAACCCAGAUAUAGGAUUGUAUAUAAAACUGACUAUGUUAGAUUUGAGGAAUAAUCAGUUGACCAGUUUGCCCAGUGAAAUGUAUUCAUUAUUUCAACUGAGAGAAUUGUACAUAUCCUAUAACAGAUUUACCUCUAUGCCUAGUGUUGUUUAUCAACUUAAGAAGUUAGAGAAUCUCUUUGCUGAUACUAAUAAAAUAACCCAGAUAGAUGCUGAUGGAUUUAAAGGUCUCCCAAUGUUGGCCACACUAGACCUGCAGAACAACAACAUAGACCAAGUGCCUCCAGAGUUAGGAAAUUGUACACAAAUUAUGUCAUUACAGUUAAAUGGGAAUGCAUUUAGAAAUCCUCGACCUGCUAUUUUAGCUAAAGGAACAUUGGCAUUGCUGGAAUAUUUACGUAGUCGCAUUGUAUCAUAGCAUUGGAAAUUAAAAUGCUUGGUAUUAAAAAAGUGCUAUUUAAGACAUACAUAUGAAGAUACCAUAAGUACAUCGAUAUUUUGCUUUAAUAUGAUAAAGUUUUGAUUUCUACAAUUAUUGUUCCUUUGAUUGAAUUUUCAAACUUUAUCAUAUAACUAUUUUUGUUCUUUCCAUGAAGGAAUUGGUAAACACAAAAUCAAUAGAAUUGAUUAUUUAAAUUCAUGCAUAUUUUGUGUGGUGCAAUAUGGUGGACUAUAUAUUAUUUUUUAUACACUGUUUUCUGUGAUUAGAUUCUAUGCAUUAAAUUAUAACUUUUUA